AACCCAACCUGGCCCGGCGGCUGCGGAGCGCGCAGGUCAGGAGCGCGCGGGCGGCGCUGAGGCAGCGCCCCGCGGCUGCCAGGCCGAGCACCCGCCGCUUCGCCGUCCGCCGGCCGGCGCGGCCCGGAGGCCCGAGCCAUGGAAUCAGAGGAGGAGCAGCACAUGACCACGCUGCUGUGCAUGGGCUUCUCGGACCCCGCCACCAUCCGCAAGGCCCUGCGCCUGGCCAAGAACGACAUCAACGAGGCCGUGGCGCUGCUCACCAACGAGCGGCCGGGCCUCGACUACGGCGGCUACGAACCCAUGGACAGCGGCGGCGGCCCCAGUCCCGGGCCUGGCGGGGGCUCGCGGGGCGACGGCGGGGGUGACGGCGGCGGCGGCGGCCCCUCCCGUGGGGGCGGCACCGGAGGCGGGGGCGGCUUCGACCCCCCGCCCGCCUACCACGAGGUUGUGGACGCCGAGAAGAAUGAUGAAAAUGGAAACUGCUCAGGGGAAGGAAUUGAAUUCCCUACAACAAAUUUAUAUGAAUUGGAAAGCCGUGUUUUGACUGAUCAUUGGUCUAUCCCUUACAAGCGGGAGGAAUCACUAGGCAAAUGCCUGUUGGCGUCUACCUACCUAGCAAGACUUGGUCUUUCAGAGUCUGAUGAGAAUUGUAAAAGAUUUAUGGAUAGGUGUAUGCCUGAAGCAUUUAAAAAGCUCCUGACAUCAAGUGCAGUUCACAAGUGGGGUACUGAAAUUCAUGAAGGAAUCUACAACAUGUUGAUGCUGUUAAUAGAACUGGUUGCAGAAAGAAUUAAACAAGAUCCAAUUCCCACUGGUCUUCUGGGUGUGCUUACAAUGGCUUUCAAUCCUGAUAAUGAAUACCAUUUUAAAAACAGAAUGAAAGUGUCUCAAAGGAAUUGGGCAGAAGUGUUUGGAGAGGGAAAUAUGUUUGCUAUUUCACCUGUAUCUACUUUCCAAAAGGAGCCUCAUGGAUGGGUUGUGGAUUUGGUGAAUAAGUUUGGAGAAUUAGGUGGAUUUGCAGCAAUCCAAGCCAAGCUUCAUUCAGAAGAUAUAGAACUUGGGGCAGUGUCAGCACUGGUGCAGCCCCUAGGGGUGUGUGCAGAAUACCUCAACUCCUCAGUGGUACAGCCCAUGCUAGAUCCAGUUAUCCUUACUACGAUCCAGGAUGUGCGGAGUGUGGAGGAAAAGGACCUCAAAGACAAGAGAUUGGUUAGCAUUCCUGAGCUCUUAUCUGCCAUUAAGUUACUUUGCAUGCGCUUCCAACCGGAGCUGGUAACUGUUGUGGACGACCUUCGACUAGACAUCCUACUGCGCAUGCUGAAAUCACCACAUUUUAGCGCUAAAAUGAAUUCUCUCAAAGAAGUAACCAAACUAAUAGAAGAUAGCACUUUAUCCAAAUCUGUGAAGAAUGCUAUAGAUACAGACAGACUGUUAGAUUGGCUAGUUGAAAACUCAGUUCUAUCCAUUGCAUUGGAAGGCAAUAUAGACCAAGCACAAUACUGUGAUCGUAUAAAGGGAAUUAUUGAGCUCUUGGGCAGUAAAUUGUCUUUAGAUGAGCUUGCUAAGAUUUGGAAGAUACAGUCAGGACAAUCAUCUACUGUGAUCGAGAACAUUCAUACCAUUAUUGCUGCUGCAGCUGUCAAAUUUAAUUCAGAUCAACUUAAUCAUUUGUUUGUUCUCAUUCAAAAGAGCUGGGAGACAGAGAGCGAUAGAGUAAGACAGAAGCUAUUGAGCCUGAUUGGACGAAUAGGCCGGGAAGCUCGCUUUGAGGCUACUUCUGGAAAGGUGUUAGAUGUGCUCUGGGACCUGGCUCAUCUUCCAACCCUGCCCAGUAGCCUUAUUCAGCAAGCCUUGGAGGAGCACCUGACAAUUCUUAGUGAUGCAUAUGCAGUAAAGGAAGCAAUCAAGAGGAGCUACAUCAUUAAGUGCAUAGAAGAUAUUAAAAGGCCUGGAGAAUGGUCAGGUUUGGAAAAAAACAAAAAGGAUGGAUUCAAGCAGCCCUGUUCAGAGAGGUGGUCUCCUCCCGCACAGGCCCUCCAGUUGCCCAGACCAGACAUAAAGCCUCGCAGUGAGAGGCAGCAAGGUGGGCUGACUGGGGAUUAUGUCUCCCUGCCAGGCUACACAGAAACUAAGCGAAGGUCAGCUCAGCUUAAUAAUCCCCAGUUUGUAUGGGUGGUGCCAGCUUUGCGUCAGCUCCACGAGAUUACCCGCUCAUUCAUAAAACAGACCUACCAAAAGCAAGACAAGAGCAUUAUUCAAGACUUGAAGAAAAAUUUUGAAAUUGUGAAAUUGGUAACAGGAAGUUUGAUAGCUUGUCAUCGACUCGCAGCAGCCGUGGCUGGACCUGCAGGCUUAACUGGUUCAACCCUAGUGGAUGGCCGAUACACUUACCGGGAGUAUUUAGAGGCCCAUCUAAAAUUUCUGGCAUUUUUCUUGCAAGAAGCUACUCUGUAUCUGGGUUGGAAUCGUGCCAAGGAAAUCUGGGAGUGUCUUGUGACUGGCCAGGAUGUUUGUGAAUUAGAUAGAGAGAUGUGUUUUGAAUGGUUUACAAAAGGGCAACAUGAUCUUGAGAGUGAUGUUCAACAGCAGCUUUUCAAGGAGAAAAUUCUUAAAUUGGAGUCAUAUGAAAUCACUAUGAAUGGUUUUAACUUAUUUAAGACUUUUUUUGAAAAUGUGAAUCUUUGUGAUCAUCGAUUGAAAAGACAAGGAGCUCAGCUGUAUGUAGAAAAGCUGGAAUUGAUAGGAAUGGAUUUCAUUUGGAAAAUAGCCAUGGAAUCACCUGAUGAGGAAAUUGCUAAUGAAGCUAUUCAGUUAAUCAUAAACUAUAGUUACAUUAAUCUGAAUCCUAGGUUAAAGAAGGAUUCUGUAUCAUUACAUAAGAAGUUCAUUGCUGAUUGCUAUACAAGAUUAGAAGCAGCCAGUUCUGCACUUGGUGGUCCCACUUUAACACAUGCUGUGACCAGAGCAACGAAGAUGCUUACAGCAACAGCCAUGCCAACUGUAGCUACGUCAGUUCAGUCUCCAUAUAGAUCCACUAAACUUGUGAUAAUCGAAAGAUUGCUGCUUCUGGCAGAACGUUAUGUGAUCACUAUAGAGGAUUUUUACUCUGUUCCACGAACUAUCCUACCUCAUGGUGCCUCAUUUCAUGGACAUCUUUUAACUCUUAAUGUUACUUAUGAGUCUACCAAAGAUACCUUCACUGUAGAGGCUCACAGUAAUGAAACCAUAGGGAGUGUCCGGUGGAAGAUAGCCAAGCAGCUGUGCUCUCCUGUGGAUAAUAUUCAGAUAUUUACAAAUGAUAGUCUGCUGACUGUGAAUAAAGAUCAAAAGCUACUGCACCAGUUGGGCUUUUCUGAUGAACAAAUCCUUACAGUAAAGACUUCGGGCAGUGGGACGCCCUCUGGGAGCUCAGCAGAUUCCUCAACCAGCUCCAGCAGUGGUAGCAGUGGCGUUUUCAGCUCAUCAUACGCCAUGGAGCAGGAGAAAUCCCUCCCAGGUGUUGUGAUGGCACUUGUAUGUAAUGUAUUCGACAUGCUUUACCAGCUUGCCAAUCUAGAAGAGCCCAGGAUAACUCUACGAGUACGAAAGCUUCUGCUCUUGAUACCCACUGACCCUGCCAUUCAGGAAGCUCUGGAUCAACUUGACUCUUUAGGAAGAAAGAAAACACUGCUGUCUGAGACAAGUUCCCAGUCUUCAAAAUCUCCAUCCCUGUCUGCAAAGCAACAGCAUCAGCCAAGUGCCAGUUCAAUUUUAGAAAGUCUGUUUCGAUCUUUUGCUCCUGGAAUGUCUACCUUCAGAGUACUCUACAACUUAGAAGUCCUAAGCUCCAAACUCAUGCCAACAGCUGAUGAUGACAUGGCAAGAAACUGUGCAAAAUCCUUCUGUGAGAACUUCCUCAAAGCAGGAGGGUUAAGUUUGGUUGUAAAUGUCAUGCAGAGGGAUUCCAUCCCAUCAGAAGUAGACUAUGAAACAAGGCAGGGAGUUUAUUCCAUCUGUCUACAACUUGCCAGAUUUUUACUUGUUGGACAAACAAUGCCCACAUUAUUAGAUGAAGACCUUACCAAAGAUGGCAUUGAAGCACUUUCUUCUCGCCCGUUCCGAAACAUCAGCCGGCAGACAAGCAGGCAGAUGUCCUUAUGCGGUACCCCGGAGAAGUCAUCCUACCGGCAGUUGUCGGUGUCUGACAGGUCUUCUAUUAGGGUCGAGGAGAUCAUCCCUGCUGCACGAGUUGCAAUACAAACAAUGGAAGUAAGUGAUUUCACUUCCACUGUGGCUUGUUUCAUGAGAUUGUCAUGGGCUGCAGCUGCAGGACGACUUGACCUCGUUGGGAGUAGCCAGCCAAUUAAAGAAAGUAACUCUCUGUUUCCUGCUGGAAUUCGAAACAGACUCAGCAGUUCAGGAAGCAAUUGCAGCUCUGGAAGCGAAGGAGACCCAGUAGCCCUGCAUGCAGGCAUUUGUGUGCGACAGCAGUCAGUGUCCACCAAAGAUGCGCUCAUUGCCGGGGAGGCUUUGUCUCUUCUUGUUACGUGCCUGCAGCUUCGGAGCCAGCAACUGGCAUCAUUCUAUAACUUGCCCUGUGUUGCUGAUUUUAUCAUUGAUAUUCUGCUUGGAUCACCCAGUGCUGAGAUUCGUCGUGUUGCCUGUGAUCAGCUGUAUACUCUUAGUCAGACAGACACAUCAGCUCAUCCAGAUGUACAGAAACCGAAUCAGUUUCUCCUAGGCGUGAUUCUCACAGCUCAGCUGCCUCUCUGGUCCCCAACUAGUAUUAUGAGAGGAGUCAAUCAGAGGCUAUUAUCUCAAUGUAUGGAGUAUUUUGAUCUGAGGUGCCAAUUAUUAGAUGAUCUAACAACUUCAGAAAUGGAGCAGUUAAGAAUCAGCCCAGCUACCAUGCUGGAAGAUGAGAUUACUUGGCUGGAUAACUUUGAACCUAACCGCACAGCUGAAUGUGAGACCAGUGAAGCAGAUAACAUCUUAUUGGCCGGACACUUACGGCUCAUUAAGACCCUCCUUUCACUCUGUGGGGCAGAAAAGGAGAUGCUUGGUUCAUCACUCAUUAAACCAUUGUUAGAUGACUUCCUUUUCCGAGCUUCUAGAAUUAUUUUAAAUAGUCAUUCUCCAGCUGGCAGUGCCGCCAUCAGUCAACAGGACUUUCAUCCAAAAUGUAGUACAGUAAAUAGCCGAUUGGCAGCCUAUGAAGUCCUUGUGAUGUUGGCUGAUAGCUCACCUUCAAAUCUUCAAAUUAUUACAAAAGAACUACUUUCUAUGCAUCAUCAACCUGACCCUGCUCUCACCAAGGAGUUUGAUUACCUUCCCCCAGUGGACAGCAGGUCCAGUUCGGGAUUUGUGGGGCUCAGGAAUGGUGGUGCCACAUGUUACAUGAAUGCAGUCUUCCAGCAGCUGUAUAUGCAACCUGGUCUCCCUGAGUCAUUACUUUCAGUGGACGAUGACACAGACAAUCCAGAUGAUAGUGUAUUCUACCAAGUGCAAUCUCUCUUUGGGCAUUUGAUGGAAAGCAAGCUGCAGUAUUAUGUACCUGAGAACUUUUGGAAGAUUUUCAAGAUGUGGAACAAAGAACUUUAUGUGAGAGAACAGCAGGAUGCAUAUGAAUUCUUCACUAGCCUCAUUGAUCAGAUGGAUGAGUAUCUCAAGAAAAUGGGGAGAGACCAAAUUUUUAAGAAUACUUUUCAGGGCAUCUAUUCUGAUCAGAAGAUCUGUAAAGACUGUCCUCACAGAUACGAGCGUGAGGAAGCUUUCAUGGCUCUCAAUCUAGGAGUUACUUCUUGUCAGAGUUUGGAAAUUUCUUUGGACCAGUUUGUUAGAGGAGAAGUUCUAGAGGGAAGUAAUGCAUAUUACUGUGAAAAGUGUAAAGAAAAGAGAAUAACGGUGAAAAGGACCUGUAUCAAGGCUUUGCCUAGUGUCUUGGUAAUUCACUUGAUGAGAUUUGGAUUUGACUGGGAGAGUGGACGCUCCAUUAAAUAUGAUGAACAGAUAAGGUUUCCCUGGAUGCUAAACAUGGAGCCUUACACAGUCUCAGGAAUGGCUCGCCAAGAUUCAUCUUCUGAAGUUGGUGAAAACGGGCGAACUAUGGAUCAGGGAGGUGGAGGGUCCCCUCGAAAAAAAGUUGCCAUCACAGAAAACUAUGAGCUUGUCGGUGUCAUUGUACACAGUGGGCAGGCACACGCAGGCCACUACUAUUCCUUCAUUAAGGAUAGGCGGGGAUGUGGAAAAGGAAAGUGGUAUAAAUUUAAUGACACAGUUAUAGAAGAAUUUGACCUCAAUGAUGAGACCCUGGAGUAUGAAUGCUUUGGAGGGGAAUAUAGACCAAAAGUUUAUGAUCAAACAAACCCAUAUACUGAUGUACGCCGAAGAUACUGGAAUGCCUAUAUGCUCUUCUACCAGAGGGUAUCUGAUCAAAACUCCCCAGUAUUACCAAAGAAAAGUCGAGUGAGUGUUGUACGACAAGAAGCUGAGGAUCUCUCUCUGUCAGCACCAUCUUCACCAGAAAUUUCUCCUCAGUCAUCUCCUCGGCCCCAUAGGCCUAACAAUGACCGGCUCUCUAUUCUAACCAAGCUCGUUAAGAAAGGCGAGAAGAAAGGACUAUUUGUAGAGAAAAUGCCUGUUCGAAUAUAUCAGAUGGUGAGAGAUGAAAACCUCAAGUUUAUGAAGAAUAGAGAUGUGUACAGUGGUGAUUAUUUCAGUUUUGUUUUGUCUCUGGCAUCAUUGAAUGCUACUAAAUUAAAGCAUCCAUAUUAUCCUUGCAUGGCAAAGGUGAGCCUACAGCUUGCCAUUCAGUUCCUUUUUCAAACUUACCUACGGACAAAGAAGAAGCUCAGGGUUGACACUGAAGAAUGGAUUGCCACUAUUGAAGCAUUACUUUCAAAAAGUUUUGAUGCUUGUCAGUGGCUGGUUGAAUAUUUUAUUAGUUCUGAAGGACGAGAAUUGAUAAAGAUUUUCUUAUUGGAGUGCAAUGUGAGAGAAGUACGAGUUGCUGUGGCCACCAUUCUGGAGAAGACACUAGACACUGCCUUGUUUUAUCAGGAUAAGUUGAAAAGCCUUCACCAGUUACUGGAGGUCCUACUUGCUCUCUUGGAUAAAGAUGUCCCAGAAAAUUGUAAAAACUGUGCUCAGUACUUUUUCCUGUUCAACACUUUUGUACAAAAACAAGGCCUGAGGGCAGGAGACCUCCUGCUGAGGCACUCAGCCCUGCGACACAUGAUCAGCUUUCUCCUUGGGCCCAGUCGGCAGAACAACCAGAUACGUCGAUGGAGCUCAGCACAAGCACGGGAAUUUGGGAAUCUUCACAAUACAGUGGCAUUGCUUGUUUUGCACUCAGAUGUCUCUUCCCAGAGAAACAUUGCUCCUGGUGUAUUUAAACAACGGCCGCCUAUCAGCAUUGCCCCCUCAAGCCCUCUGCUGCCCCUCCACGAGGAAGUGGAAGCCUUGUUGUUCUUGUCAGAAGGGAAACCUUACCUGUUAGAGGUGAUGUUUGCUCUGCGGGAGCUAACGGGCUCGCUGCUGGCGCUCACAGAGAUGGUGGUGUACUGCUGCUUCUGCAGCGAGCGUUUCUCCUUCACUGUGCUGCAUCUCAUUAAGAACCAACUAGAAACAGCUCCACCCCAUGAACUAAAGAAUACAUUCCAACUACUUCAUGAGAUAUUGGUCAUUGAGGAUCCCAUACAAGUAGAGCGAGUCAAAUUUGUUUUUGAGACAGAAAAUGGAUUACUAGCUCUGAUGCACCACAGUAAUCAUGUGGACAGCAGUCGCUGCUACCAGUGUGUCAAAUUUCUUGUUACUCUUGCUCAGAAGUGUCCUGCUGCUAAAGAAUAUUUCAAGGAGAAUUCCCACCAUUGGAGUUGGGCUGUACAGUGGCUACAAAAGAAGAUGUCAGAACAUUAUUGGACACCGCAAAGUAAUGUCUCCAAUGAAACAUCAACUGGCAAAACCUUUCAGCGAACAAUUUCAGCUCAGGACACGUUAGCAUAUGCCACAGCUUUGCUGAAUGAAAAAGAGCAAUCAGGAAGCAGUAAUGGAUCAGAGAGCAGCCCUGCAAAUGAGAAUGGAGAGAGGCACUUACAACAGGGCUCAGAGUCGCCCAUGAUGGUUGGCGAGCUGAGAAGCGACCUUGACGAUGUCGAUCCCUAGAGGAGCGUGUCCAGCACACAGGCAAGGGGUCACCACAGGUACUGGAUGCGCAGCGCCUUUCUGAAACCAGUGUCACCCCUGAACCCUUUAGAAGAGCCUGCAGACUGACCAGGGGAGCCUGCUGUGAACUCCGCAGGAGUAUGUUUUUAAAGAGCGCUCUUCAGCCCCCGGAGAACGUUCAGGAGCUGUCUGGCAGUGGGAGAACCCCGGCCUGUGGAUCAGCUCUUCUGGGGCACAGUCUAUAUGUGAAUUAACAUUUCUGUGGAGAUUUUAGGAAAUAGAGCCGGUGGCAGACUUUUUUGUUACAUGGACAUACAGUAGUGAGUGAGCAUAAAGCUAUUGCUUUCUCUAUGAUGCUACAAAAGAAAUUCCUUUGGUUUUUAUAUAAAAAAAAAAAAGCAAGCUGCCUUUAGAUUAUAUGGGGACAAAUUUUUAAUCUUAAUAUUAAAUAGGAAUAUCCAAUUUAAAGUGAUGUAAAGAUACAUGAUAAAAUACCUUUUCAUUGUAAAAUAGUAAAGAAUUCAUUUUACACAGACCUUUGUAUUUAAUAUGUCUCCCUAUUUGUAUAGAAUUUCAGAUGGGUCUGGAGGAGAGCCCUGGGCAUAAACUUGGAACUUGAUGAAGUGUUACCAGGAUCAGAAAUUGGGAAUUACUAAGCUCUUUAAGGUAUUUUUCUGACAUAACUGAGAUCAAAAAGAGCAAUAAAAAUCUCUGUGGUCUCCAAAAGUAAAGGGUACAUUCUUUGACAUCAGUCACUAAAGAAGUUAUGAGUUUAUUCCCCAAACAAAUUUUAAAGAUUUGUUAAUAACAGAAUAAAAAAACAGAAGAGAAAGCACUUUAAUACAUAAUUUUAUUGAGUUUUACUUCAUGAAAUCAUCUUUUUAAUGCUUGGAGACAUAUUGAAUAAACUGUAGUCUUAAAUCAUGUGAUCUGCAAUCAUUUGCUUUUGCUUAAAACAUAAUUACUGAAACCCUUGUGCUCGUUGUAUGUGAAGUUAAAUAUUUGAGUUGGAAAGCACUGCUUUGUGAGUUUCCAGGAAUCUUAAUGCAGAGAAGGAAUUUGAGACUUUGUUCCUCUGCAACAUGACUAACACUGAAAAGACAGGGACAAGGUUUAUUUUUUCCAGAAAUAACUCGAAAGCAAUUGAACAGCCAUCCAGUUAGUUGUAUUUCCUCAUUACAGCACCAUUCACUCAUUUCAGGUUAUAUACCAUCUACCCUUUUUUCAGGGGGAGAAGAGUUGCUGUGCCAACAUAUUUCAUAUGUUUUGUACAUUUUCUUGUUUAAAUUGCUACACCUAUUUUCAGCCUUGCUUUUGCCUUUAGUUAUUUGUUCUGCCGUGUUUUCAACACACCAUGCUCAGAGAUAGGUAAGCCUUAGGAAAUGCCAGGUUGCCGCAGUCAGAUUUGCCAAGUUAAGAGAGGCACAGCCAGCCCCAAAGUGCCUUUUUGUUGCUUUUGCAUUGUGUGGACACAUGACAGGAGGGACAGCUUCUCAUUUCUGCGCCCUGCCAAUAGCCCAGUCAUCUCACUGUUGGACAUUGGGGUCACCAUGCAGCCAGGCUUCAGCUUGUAAUUGUGUGACUUACCACAGGCCAGUGAUGGCUUUCUUCAGAGACACUGAAUAGCUGAAGGGGCCAGCAUAUAAGCAGAAUUCACUCUCAGAGAAAGUUGGAGGAUGAGAUGGCAGGUUUCAUAUGGUUCUGAUGUUCUUGCAGUUUUGAAUGUGAUAUGUUAAAACUGGCUUUGAGUACACAAAUAUCCCAUGUCCUGCUCUUUUCCCUUCCCACUCUCCCCUUCCCUCUACCCCAUCCUCACAAGAUUGUGUGGGCAUGACGCUGACAUGCCGGUGAUGAUACGGUUGGGAUAUCAUUGCUGGCAACUGCACUCUCAGGAGCCCCAAUUCAGGAGUGAAAUUGCCACUUCUAGUCCCUUAUUUCCUAUGGAAACAACGCCUUCCACAGCCCCCAGCGCCUGCUGUCCUCACUGUAAAGCUUCAUCAGGAUCUCCGUCACUGUGGUGUGCUAUGCACUCUGGUUAACUUUGCUAAUGUUACCGCUGCACCAAGCAUCAUGUGCACUUUUCCAGUAACCACUUGGUUUCCAGCAAUUGCACUCUACAAACCUGCUGACGACUUUUUAAUAUAGUACAACAAAGUGACAGUUACGAUGGGCUUACGUUGGAAGAGUUGUCAUUUUUACUGCCAACUUUUUGGAUGAAGAUGUUUUUAUAAAUCUUUCAAAAUGGUCUGCAAAUCAAGUAGGAAUUGCACAUCUAAAUGCUGUGUAUUCUCAAGAUGUUCCCUUUGUGGGUCCCAUUUUAGGAUGGCCAAGUCUGCCCGUCGCAGGUGUUCUGGGAGAGAAAACAAGUGAGCAUCCCCAGGCAUCUGGUCCCUGGCUUCCCCUGGAGCACUCACGUGGUCACUGACAGCUAGAACCAGUCAUAGGGCCUAGAGCACCAUUCAUCAGACAUAACCUGUCUUGCCCCACCCCACCCGCCUGCCUGCGAACAUUGAGGCGUGUGCAGUUACCUUUUGAGCUUGGAACAAGCAGACUGGAAUUUUCCUCUGCUACCUCUUGUGUACAAAAAUGUGUUUAUAAAAUUUCAAAAAGAAGUAGAGAAACGAGGGAAGAAUGUUAAUUCUAAAUUUGGUUCAUGAGUGGCAGAGUUCGUAGUGCUAAGAGUGUAAAAUAAACUUUUCAAAAAUGUA